GACAGUUUCAAGGGGCAAAAAUCUAUAGACUGAUCGCUACCAGCCACGGAGAAAGUAAUGCUGGACAUUAUAACAAGUGGAAACCUCGUCAUCCCUUUGUUGUCUUAGUUGCCUAGAUUCACACUAGAAGCGGUCUUAGGAUCAAACUUGGAAGCGGCUCUCUGAAUCCCGGAUACCCUGGAGUAUGUUAUCAUGGAUAGAAAUGAAUGGAGGAAAACGGCUUCAGAAGAAAGUGAGCUUCUAAAUUUUUCAUAGAAAAUGUUGGUAAAUAUUCCCAGGAUUCUAAACAGAUGAUUGACAUCUGGUUAAGGGAAUCAGCAGAUUCAUGAAUAUUGCAUACGAAAGACGAAGUAGUCAUACAUUUUUGAUAUUUCUGUUUUAAUUUUUGAUCAAUAUUUUUGAUUAUGCCCACUACAAGUCAAAACAAAGUUAUGGCACACGUGACUGGGAAAUCGGCGAGGAAACGAGGGAAAGUUGUGUUGAAACAGUACAAGAUGGAGCCCAGUCACAAACUCGACCUUUCGACCAAUAGUCAAACAGCCAAUGAUAAUUGGCCGGUAUCAACAGAUGAUCAAGUGACCACGGCUCUUCAAGCUGACCAGUCAGAUACACAAGAGCGGACAGAGUCGAGCCGUGGGAAGGAUAAUGAACGUUUACACAAGCUCGGUUUCUGGAAUUCAAUUGACAAAAAGGACGCGAAAACGAAGAAAAUUGGAGUUCCUGUAGUAGAAAAACCUGCUGAUGAACCAGAGGAAGUUAAACAAUACAAUGUGACAAUAAGCCAGGAGGUGGAGCGAAAGGUCGACGAGAAGGUAGAGUGUCCGACCACCAGACGGAGAGACCCCCCAGAUCCCGUGCCGUCUGCAGUCUGCUUCGAACUAAAAAGUAGUGUGGCUACACACACAGAUGUCCUCGAUAAGAUGAAAGACAUGUUACAUUACAAGAGAGGCAGCAAAAUUGUCACUAUCCAGUUUAUACCAAAGUCUAGAUGGAUUAUCGUCCUUGACAGCGCUGAAACACGAGACAGGCUCUCCGGAAUGGAAUUUUUCAUUGGGCAACACAAUGUCCUCCUGCGUCGCUAUGACGACGUCAUGAAAAUGGAAUACAAAAAGUAUUUACGUAGUCAGGGACUGUUGGAAAUGGUCCAUAGUGCCACUAAGUAAGAUAAAAACCAACAUAAAGGACAUACAGUAAUUGAAACAGGUCAUAUGAUCAUGGCGGUUAUUAUGAUGUCAAAAGGAUUCACACAGAGCUGUCAUUCCGUCCACGGUUCACCUUUGUCCGUAUAAACUGUGACUGAUACCAACGGACAUUGCAGAUAGUCUGGACUAAUAAUGUAAUAAGAAGGAAAUGAAAUUGAAGUUUACCAUGUGAAUUAUUAGACCAAGCUACAAAUAUAGCCCUAAGUCAGAGUCUUUGACAACGACUAGUGCGAAUGACAAAGUAAACUGUGUUUAGAAUUUAGCUCCCGACAAUAGUGUUAUACGCCAGCAUGUCAUUUCAAAUUUAAUUAUAACAAUAAAUGUUUAUUUAAACUCAAAGCUUUCGCUUAAAUUUUAUAUCGCAGACUCCAGAAUGUCUGUGAUUCGCAACACCUUAUUCUUAUAGAUAAAAAAACA